AUGGGGAUGAAGUACCGUCGUUAUCUGGCUGGCGAGCGCAUCUAUGGCUGCUCCAAGUGCAAGACGCAUCUUGCAACGAUCCACUCUAUGAUCUCACGAGCUUUCAACGGCCAGCAUGGCCGCGCAUAUCUCUUUGAUGGCGUAGUUAAUGUCAUAGAAGGCGAACCAAAUGACCGUCAAAUGACCACAGGCAACCACACUGUCCGGGAUAUUUAUUGCGUCAAAUGUGCUACUGUCCUUGGCUGGAAAUAUGACCGUGCCUACGAACAAUCGCAGCAAUACAAGGAGGGAAAAUAUAUACUCGAACGAAAUCUUCUCGUCGAUGUCCAGUAG